AUGGACGUGAUGACUGUGAAGGUGGGACAAGAAGAAUUUAGAUUCACAGAAAAUUCUUUGGAAAAUGUCCCAGAUUCUUUUCUCAGCAAGAUGCAUUCUGGACGAACAGAAAGUAAAUUGAUGUCUUUCCCAAGAUGCAGAGACAGUUUUCGUGCAAUUCACGAAUUUUGUUUCACGGGAAAGUUGCAUGUUCCGAAAAACAUUUGUAUUGGGAAAUUCAAAGAAGAGUUGGUGUAUUGGGGAAUUGAUGAUUCGAGAGUGGGGGAGUGUUGCCUGAGAAAGAUAUAUGAUUACGAUAAUCAACAGAAAUGUUUGGUCAAAUUCAAGUCCGACUAUGGUGAAACCUGUAAACCACCCAAGAAAGAGAACGAUGAUGGAUUCACAGUGCAAUCUAUACGUAACAGACUGUGGGGGAUCGUAGAUUAUAGGAAAAACGAUAUUUAUGGGCAGAUAUAUUUGAUAGCAUCAACCUGUAUUGUACUAACCAGUUGUGUUAUGAUUGCCAUCAGCACUCUGCCCGAAAUGAAAUCCACACUGAUCAUGGACUCUAGUGGCAAAAAUAGAACAGAUGGACAUCCUACUCGAUACUACUUAUCCAAUGCCGUGAAGGAGAUACUUAAGGCGUACUGGAACACAAAGUAUUAG